ACGAUUACGAAUACUCUCUUUCUCUCUCUAUCUCUCAACUUUCAACCAUAACUCGUGAUUUCACCGCUCCACGAUCUCAUAAUCUUAAAUAACCGCUUCUCCUUCACUUUUAAUUUAAUAAUCACCUUCCGCAAUCGCGCUUAUCCCAAACGCACUUUUCGUUUUUUUAAUAUCGCCAUGACUAGAAUGAGAAAACUCACCGCCACUGCUGGUGCGGUUAUCGCCACCGCGUACGGUGGCACGCUGAUCCUUCACAGUCCUUCAAUCUCCGCCAACGAUUUCGGAGGAGGUUCACAUCGCGACGCUCUUCGGAAGAAGCUGCACGCUCCGGGCGUUGUUGUUCCGUCGAGGGAGUCGCAGCAGUCGGCGUUGAUGGCUGCUAGCAAGGCGAAUCCACUUGACGUUCUGGUCAUCGGUGGUGGUGCCACUGGUGCCGGUGCCGCACUUGAUGCCGUGACUCGUGGACUCAAUGUUGGGCUCGUGGAACGGGAGGAUUUCGCUUCCGGAACUUCGUCGCGAUCCACCAAGCUUCUUCAUGGAGGAGUUCGAUACUUGGAGAAAGCCGUCUUUAAUCUUGACUAUGGACAAUACAAGUUAGUACUUCAUGCACUUGAUGAGCGUAAACAGGUUAUUGAAAAUGCACCACACCUAUGCCAUGCAUUGCCGUGCAUGACACCGUGUUUUAGCUUGUUUGAAGUAGUGUACUACUGGGCGGGCUUGAAAAUGUAUGAUUUGGUCGCAGGAAGACAACUGCUGCACUUGUCAAGAUAUUAUUCCACAAAAGAGUCUGUUGAGCUCUUUCCCACUCUAGCAAAGGAGGGAAAAGAUAGAACCCUAAAGGGAACUGUUGUUUAUUAUGAUGGGCAGAUGAAUGAUUCACGGCUUAAUGUUGGACUGGCUUGCACUGCUGCUUUAGCUGGUGCGGCAGUGUUGAACCACGCGGAAGUGGUUUCCUUACUGAAGGAUGAUGCUGGAAAACGAAUAAUUGGUGCACGAGUUCGAGACAAUUUAACUGGCAAGGAGUUUGAUACAUAUGCAAAAGUGAUUGUGAAUGCAAGUGGCCCAUUUUGUGAUGCUUUAAGGAAAAUGGCCGACAAAAAUGCACAAGAAAUGAUUGCUCCUAGCAGUGGUGUUCAUAUUAUACUCCCUGAUUAUUAUUCUCCUGAGGGAAUGGGCUUAAUUGUUCCUAAAACUAAAGAUGGACGUGUUGUUUUCAUGCUCCCUUGGAUGGGACGAACCAUCGCUGGUACUACAGAUUCUAAUACUAGCAUUACAUAUCUUCCAGAACCGCAUGAAGAUGAAAUACAAUUUAUAUUGGAUGCGAUAUCUGAUUACCUUAACAUUAAGGUUCGGCGCACUGAUGUUCUUUCUGCUUGGAGUGGCAUUCGCCCAUUAGCAGUGGAUCCAACAGCAAAGAGUACUGAGAGUAUCUCAAGGGAUCAUGUUGUCUGUGAAGAUUACCCUGGCUUGGUCACAAUCACUGGUGGGAAGUGGACUACCUAUCGCAGUAUGGCAGAAGAUGCUGUUAAUGCAGCUAUAAAGUCUGGAAAGCUGACUCCUGCCAAUGGAUGUGUGACCAACAAGCUUUGCAUAGUUGGUGGUGAAGGGUGGGAGCUUUCUUCUUUUACAGUUCUUGCUCAACAGUAUACGCGCAUGAAAAGUACACAUGGUGGUAAAGUUGUUCCCGGGAUAAUGGACUCUGCUGCUGCAAAGCAUUUGUCUCAUGCAUAUGGAACAUUGGCAGAGCGAGUGGCUGCCAUUGCUCAGAAUGAAAAUUUGGGCAAGCGACUUGCCCACGGUUACCCGUAUCUCGAGGCAGAGGUAGCCUACUGUGCUCGUAAUGAAUAUUGUGAAUCUGCUAUUGAUUUCAUUGCAAGGAGAACUCGUCUUGCUUUUCUUGAAACCGAUGCAGCAAAAAGGGCAUUGCCUCGUGUGAUUGAAAUAUUGGCAAAUGAGCACAAAUGGGACGAUUCAAGGCAGAAGAAAGAGUUGCAGAAGGCUACAGAUUUUUUGAAGACUUUUAAAUCCUCAAAAAAUGCACAGUUUCAUGAUGGGAAGCACAAUUAGGAGUGAGAAGAAAGUUUUCGCAUGACAAGCAUUUUGGUACUGAUUUCCACUGAUCAAUCGGUGACUAUACACGCCAUAGAGAGUGGCUCAACACAUAUUUAAAAUCAAAAUUUACACAAAUUUAUCUCACAUUUGCCUUCAAAUAUAACAUUGGCAAGUUGGAGAGUUGCACAGCUACACGACACAAUAAUUUUAUCGAGAUUAGACUCUGUGUCUCAGCCAAGGUUGUCCACGAAAUAAGGACCAGAGGGUUGUGUAUUAGUUUGACUCUGAUCUUUGUAUUUUGUUGUUCUUUUCCCUAUAAUAUUUGAUUAUUUUUAUCUAUUAUUAACAUUGAGUUAUUAAUAAUUGACCUAAGUGAAGAAAUGCUUCAUGGUACUUUUAUUA